CCCAGCCAACUCCUACCCUCGCGCAAGUCUGGACUCUACCAUCAGCCCCUGGGACCCCCAGAUGGGGGCAGUUCCCUGUGACCCCCGGCACGAGGGAGCCCAACCCCUCCUUGGGGAGUUUUUCACAACCUCGGUCAAUGAGGAUGAGUCAUUUCUAGGUUCCUAUUGAUGAAUUAUUUCUGUGUUAUUAUGGGCCAUUAUUGAGCGUGGGUUGUUCAAAGUCGCGGGCCCCACUGCGUCCACAGUGGCUGGCCCAGCGCCCUGCGCCCGUCUGCUGCUGGAGGGACAGACGGGCCGCGGGGCUGACCACCCCGUGCCCGCAGGCCGAGGAUGCAGCGCUGGAAGGCGGCGGCCCUGGCCUCGGUGCUGUGCAGCUCGGUGCUGUCCCUCUGGAUGUGUCGCGAGGGCCUGCUCCUCAGCCACCGCCUCAGACCCGCGCUGGUCCCGCUGCGCCGCCUGCCUCGCACCCUGGACGCCCGCAUCGCCCGCCUGGCCCAGUACCGCGCGCUGCUGCAGGGCGCCCCGGACGCGGUGGAGCUGCGCGAGCUGACGCCCUGGGCCGGGCGGCCCCCAGGUCCGCGCCGUCGUGCGGGGCCCCGGCGGCGGCGUGCGCGUGCGCGGACGGGCACGCGGCCGUGUGGGCUGCGCGAGCUCGAGGUGCGCGUGAGCGAGCUGGGCCUGGGCUACGCGUCGGACGAGACGGUGCUGUUCCGCUACUGCGCAGGCGCGUGCGAGGCGGCCGCGCGCGUCCACGACCUGGGGCUGCGGCGCCUGCGCCAGCGGAGGCGCCUGCGGCGGGAGCGGGUGCGCGCGCAGCCCUGCUGCCGCCCGACGGCCUACGAGGACGAGGUGUCCUUCCUGGACGCGCACAGCCGCUACCACACGGUGCACGAGCUGUCGGCGCGCGAGUGCGCCUGCGUGUGACUCUACCUCACGGGGCCCGGCGACACGGAGGCCGCGCCACGCGCCCCGACGGCUCCCAUUGGCUCUCACGGACUGCGCAUGCGCACAGCAUGCCGUCGAGGCCCCGGGACUCUCGCGAUAACUGUGUUGAGAUAAAGUGUGGGAAAUCGA